AUGAAAGCCUGCGACUCGUUCAUCCGUCUCCUCUCACUUUCCGUGCUGGUCUCCGGCGUCUGCUCGAUGCUCGAGUCUGAGACCAAAAAUAACAUGCUUUUCGAUCACAUCCGGCUGACGGUGGGUCACACCAAGGAUCAAACACCCUGCUCAACGCCCGAGACCGCAAAUACCGAACUUUUCAAUCACAUCUGGACAACAAAAUUUGAUGAAAGGAAGGAACACACACGUGGGCCCUUUAUAUUCACCACUAAAGUUUUGGUGGGUCUGAAGCCAGAAAGGAAAAAGAAUUACGGUAUAUGGGUCAUGAACCCUUUACCAGUACCUGUGACCGUACAUGUCAAUGUCAUAUUCAACAGUGAACCUGGCAGCAAGACAGAACACAUCAUUCAGCCCACCAAUAUAAAUGUCCCUGAAAAACGCCUCUUGCGUGAGUCGGGCAAGGAACCAAAAAAAGUGGAGGUUUGUUACACACUCCCCACCAAGGUUUACAAAGCCCUUGAGGAAGCCCUGAUCAAAAUUCACAAGCGGCCAGAAUUGUGGAGCGACUUCAAAAGAACCAUUGACGAACUGAACCGGCGUCCUCCCUCCCCUCCUUGCGACAAAUAA